AUGCUUUUCGAAUUCUCCUCGUUGGUUCCUACCCACGCAAGUGCACUUGAUUUUGUUGUUACCUCCUUUCAGCAUGGAAGAUUUCCCACCACUUACGCGGACAAACGGGAGUUGAAAAAGAUGAUCAAUUCGGCCGCCUCCGACUUGUUGGAAAAGUGCCAGGCCCGAGGAGAGACCCUCGAACCGCUGUUUGAGCUCACCAACUUUCAGGAAGCCUGCCGAGCUGUCAAUACAGCCGUUAUUGAGACAAAGAUACCUCCCGACGUCGCUCAAAUAUUUGAUGAGUGUCCCGGCUCAUUGCCCGCUGAUGGAACCUUCUACUCCUGCUCCAGUGAUAAUGUGAGUAUCUCCUCUUGCGUUGAAGUGUUGACUUUGCCACAAGGGAGAGGGGAGGGAGACUAG